GGAUUUGCUUCCUGACUAGGAGGGAUGACUCUACCCUGGAGAUAUUUGCCAAGAACUUUAUGCCUGGAGACUUCCUCUCCCAGGAUCCCCAAGAAGUGCCCUUCUCCGAGCCUAGGUGCUUUCUGGACAUCCGGAACCAAGCUCAGUCUUCACACAAAACCCAGAAUGCCUCCAUGUGACUUCACACCUGAAAGAUAUCAGUCCUUUGCCUAUACCCGUGUCCUGGACAUCCACGAGAAGCAUCUCUCUCCUGCGCUGACGACGUAUUUUCCGGAGCCUUUGUUGCUCCACCAGGGUCACAUGGAAUGGCUGUUUGAUUAUCAGGGAAACAGAUACCUGGAUUUUUUUUCUGGGAUUGUCACUGUCAGUGUUGGUCACUGCCACCCGAAGGUAAACGCAGUGGCACAAAAGCAGAUGGGCCGCCUGUGGCACACAAGUUGCCAUUUCUUCCACCCUCAGAUGCAUGAAUAUGCAGAGAAGCUUUCUGCGCUUCUUCCUGAGCCUCUAAAGGUCAUUUUCCUGAUAAACAGUGGCUCGGAAGCCAACGACCUAGCCAUGCUGAUGGCCAGAGCACAUUCACAUAACACAGAUAUCAUUUCUUUCAGAGGAGGCUACCAUGGAAGCAGUCCUUACACACUAAGCUUGUCAAACGUAGGGCUCUUCAAGAUGACACUCCCCAGUGGGACAGGCUGCCAAUCAACAAUGUGCCCAGACGUUUUCCGUGGCCUUUGGGGAGGAAGCCACUGUCGAGAUUCACCAGUGCAAACAAUUAGGAAAUGCACUUGUGCACCAGACUGCUGCCAAGCUAAAGACCGGUAUAUUGAACAGUUCAAAGAUACUCUGAACACUUCAGUGGCCAAAUCAAUUGCUGGAUUUUUUGUAGAGCCGAUCCAAGGGGUGAAUGGAGUUGUUCAGUAUCCAAAGGGGUUUCUGAAGGAAGCCUUCAAGCUGGUGCGAGAGCGGGGAGGCGUGUGCGUUGCGGACGAAGUGCAGACAGGGUUUGGAAGGUUGGGCUCUCACUUCUGGGGCUUCCAAACCCACGGUGUCCUGCCGGAUAUCGUCACCAUGGCUAAAGGGAUUGCGAAUGGCUUUCCCAUGGCAGCAGUUGUGACAACUCCAGAGAUUGCCAAGUCUUUGGCUAAAAGCUUGUGUCACUUCAACACCUUCGGGGGGAACCCCAUGGCCUGCGCCAUCGGAUCGGCCGUGCUUGAGGUGAUUAAAGAAGAAAACCUACAGGAAAACAGUCACGAGGUUGGCAUCUAUAUGUUGCUGAAGUUUGCUAAGCUGCGGGAUGAAUUUGAAAUUAUCGGGGAUGUCCGAGGCAAAGGCCUCAUGAUUGGAAUUGAAAUGGUGAAGGAUAAGAUGAGCUGCCAGCCUCUUCCCAGGGAAGAAGUCAGUCAAAUCCAUGAGGACUGCAAAAACAUGGGGCUUCUAAUUGGCAGAGGCGGCAUUUUUUCUCAGACAUUCCGCAUUGCGCCCUCCAUGUGCGUCACUAAACCAGACGCUGAUUUUGCAGUGGAAGUAUUUCGUUCUGCGUUAAUCCAACACAUGGAGAGAAAAGCUAAAUAAAAAUUUAAAAAAAACAAACAAACCCGCAAGCCUCAAGAACGUCCCACUUAUGUCCAACGGCUAAUUUGAGGAAUUUCAGAACCACUGGUGU